GUUGGACCAAAGAAAUUACAGCAGCUAGCAUUUCUGCAAAAUCACUUCAAUUUAACAAUUCUCCGAAAUGCCUGAAUCUCAUUUACGCCGGCGGAGGUCACCGCCGGAGGAGCGGCUUAGGGAGAUAGAAGUUCUCAUAUACUCGGCAGAAGGCCUGAAGAACGUGAAGCACUUGACCAGGAUGAGAACCUACGCCGAGGUCUACGUGGAGAAAGACGUCCACGUGGCAAAAACCAAAAUAGCGGAGCACACCGGCGACGGGACCAAUCCAGUCUGGAACCAGAUGGUGAAGGUGAAAUUCCACGAAAAGCUGCCGGAAAAUGACAUCAUGGCGGCGUUAAACGUGGAUAUUUACGCUCACGGUCACAUUCGAGAGAAACCGGUGGGGAGCGCUCGAGUUUUGCUCUCCGAUGUGUUGAAGGAUACUAAAUCGCCGGAAUCGGAGAUGCUGGAGAAUAAUCCGAUCCAGUUUAUGACAGUGUUAGUUUGGAGACCUUCUGGUAGGCCACAAGGUGUGCUCAACCUGUGGGUCCCACCUACAGGGCGGUUCCUGGUUCCGUUGACUUCGUUGUCGUUUAGCUUGAGGGGAAGAGACGGCGAAGAGGAUCAGGUGGUAACGGUGGAAACGCCGGCGGCGGAGAGUAGUAGUGAGGUGUAAGGCUCUUCCAGCUAUGCAUGGAUGCCAUUUGGAUGUAAUGAACUUGUUUGUAUUUGUUACUUAAAAAUUGUAAUUUUGACAAAGCACAUAAUCCCAAAAUUAAAAUUGACGAUCCAUUCAA